AUGUCUCCAAACGCCAGCUCGGUCGCCCCGAAAGGCAUCCAGCAGUACAUCGCUGCCAGACAAGGCGGUCCGUUCCAGCUGAUCAACGCACCUUACCCAGUUCCUGGGCCGAACGAGAUUUGCAUCCGGAACCGUGCUGUUGGUCUGAACCCCCUCGACUGGAAGAAUCUUCACCAUGGGAUGAUGGUCGAUUCUUGGCCCGAGAUCUUCGGCAUCGACACAGCUGGUGUGGUGGAAGUUGUUGGUAAGAAUGUUCAGGGGUUCAAGGCCGGUGAUGCGGUCAUGAGCUUGGCUGGCCAUGGUGGCCGUGCCGGUGCUUUCCAGGAUGUAACGACCGUCCCGGCCAACUACGCCUGCCGCAAGCCCACAGCUUGGACUUUUGAGCAGGCUGCUUCUGUUCCAAUCUGUUACCUCACAGCCGUAGCCUCCAUCAUCAAAGGCCUCGGCGUCCCCCUCCCCCACCUCAGGGAGCUCCCCAACGAGAGGAUCCCCAACCUCGACGACCUCACCAGCCCAAUGACCCCAGGUGCCACCCAACCCCAGGUCAAACCCCCCCUUUUGACCUCGGUCCUCGUCAUCGGCGGCUCUUCCGGCGUCGGCGCCUCCGCGGUCCAACUCCUGCGUGACGCCCUCCCCCACCUGGUAAUCAUCACAACCAACUCCCGCGCCCACAACCAGAAAGUCACCUCCCUCGGCGCGACAACCUGCGUCGACCGCAACAUGAAGCCCGAUCAAAUCGCCAAGGCGGUUCGUGACGCCUCGCCUGAUGGGAAGGGGGUUGACGCAAUGAUUGAUACUGUUGCUGGGGCGAUGGCAGGGAACAAGGAGAUCUUCGGGGCGUUUAGGGAGGAUGGGCCGAAGCUGUAUAGUCAUGUUAUGACGGGGGAGAAGUUGGAGGUGCCGGAGGGGGUCAAGGCCGCGAUGGUGUUUGGCCGGAUGGCGUUCCAGACUGAUGGGGGCGGGGCGGCUAUGACGAAAUUGGUGGAUUUGGUUGAGUCGGGACGGUUUAAGCUGCCGUUGGAGAUUGAGGGUGUGGGUAAGGGGUUGGGGGUUAUUGGGGCAGGGUUGGAGAAGCUGAGGGGGGGUGUUAGUGGGACUAAGUUGGUUGUUUCUUUGUAG